GUCAUCCGAAAACACUUAGCCGCGCAUCAUAGCGCACUCCGUCGAGAGAGAGAAGCCGCGAGUCUAAAUAAUUGACCCCUCCGCGCGCGCGCGCGCGCGAAAUCGCGCAAACAAUUUACAUACGUACGCAUAAAUAACCACGACCUCGGCAUCGCGUUUGAUUGGUGGCAGCAAAGGUUUUCCGCGCGAGUUCGUUGCUCCGCGAAAUGACGGCAUCCUGAUCACGAUUUCGAUUUUUCCGCGAACGCGGUUUCGUCGUUUUGUGUCAAUCUGUGAUCGCACUUCUGCGCGCCGAAGAGAAUCCUCGUGUCUGAAUCACAGUGUAACAUCGAUCAUCGCUCCUCGAAUCUUCGUCGAAGUAGGAUAUAUAUUGCGCGCAGGAUGUUCGCCGCAAUUGAACUCUGACGACCGGCGAACGAUCGGGACUCAAAUUCGAUGGACCAGGGCGUGAUCGUGCCGCGCGACACGGGCGUCGAGAGCAUACGACUUAACAUGAAGAACGAGUCGUCGGACUCCGGUCUGCAUCAGCAGGAGCAGACGGUAGUCGUGCAUCCGAACUCGUCCGCCGCGAGAUCGGCGGUGCUGCCGAUAGGCGCGAGCAAUCUGUCUCAGGAAACGAGCCUGGAGCCGCUUAUGUGCAACCCGACCAGUUCCGAGAUACCGAGAAAACCCGGCGCUCGACGUCAAGAAAAACCGCCGUAUUCGUACAUCGCGCUGAUCGUGAUGGCCAUCCAGUCGAGUCCGGGCAAGAGGCUGACCUUGUCCGAGAUCUAUUCGUUUCUUCAACAACGCUUUCCGUUCUUUCGCGGCACCUAUCAGGGUUGGAAGAACUCGGUUCGUCACAAUCUCAGUCUCAACGAGUGCUUCAUCAAGCUACCGAAGGGUCUGGGCCGAGCGGGCAAGGGUCAUUACUGGACCAUCGACCCGUCCACCGAGUACAUGUUCGAGGAAGGCAGUUUCCGACGACGACCGCGCGGUUUCCGGCGCAAGUGUCAGGCCCUGAAGCCGCAGUAUCCGCAGUAUUAUACCGGCGCCGGUCCCGUCGGCGUGCAAACACCUGGCGGUCCCUACGACAAUCUGGCCGCCGGUCCCGGCGGUCUCGAGUACACGAACGGUUAUCAGAAUCAGUAUCAGAAUUAUCAAGAGUACGCGAUGUACGCGCCGGGCGCUACGGUCUCGGCCGAUUGGACGUAUCCGGACGCACCGGCGCCGUACAAAUCGGUUCCGCCGAUCGCCGAAGUGACCUACAAGACCACCGAGGUCACGUACAAAACCGGCAGCGAAUCCACGCCGUCGGUUUACAGAAACGGGGAACUGGUGACGUUCAAGAGCGAGCCCGGUUUCGGCGCCGCCGUCCGAAGUCAGGAACAACUGACGGCUUAUCGGCCGCCGCCGCCGCCGCCGCCAACCGACAGUUUUGGACCGACGGUUAAGGAUCAUCAUCAACAGCAUCACUCUGAUUACAAAGACGAGGCCAUGUUGAGCUACAAAUGCGCCAACUCGACGGUGCCCACUACCACUCAAACACCCGGACAGGAUUAUUACGUCGGUUACGGUCUCACGGGGGUCAACAAUGCCGCUGGCCACGGCAUCAACAUCACCAUGCAAUCGAUGCAGGAGCAAACGGGUGGCAACAGCAGUCCGGUAGCCAACGUCAGUUCGCCGCACAACGGAUGUCAAACACCCGCGGCGGAUCACGGAAUAAAAAUGCAGUGCACCAAUUCCAGCUCCAGUUCGAGCAGUUCAAGCGGCGGCAUCGUCGAUCGAAAACCGUCCUACUUCCCGCAUCCCGGUGGAUCGGUGACCCUGAGCUCCCUGAGCUCGCUGGGCUCGUUAAAUCUGAGCAACAUCGGCGGCCUCAGUAUAUCCAACAUACCUGGCGCGGUCUCCACGAACAUUCAUCACGCGUCCACGUCCUCACCGCCCGCGACGAUGUAUUACGAUCAAAUCAAGUACAGCAUGUAGGAGAAGAAGAAGUUCCCUUACCCCCUUUUUCCCCUUCGAUAAGGAAGAGAAAAACGAACAAACUCGCAACACCACACGUCGUAAGAUUGUUUCGUCGCAUAUCGAAAAUUCCGUAUUUCAAAAAAAACGCCGCGAACCAUCAAACCGCGCUAACGUAUUCGAACUCACGAACGAAAUUUGCGCAAAUUUGUUUAAUUCAUCCCGACGUUGUUGCAAACGAAAUAUGCGAGCCGAAAUUUGCUAAAAAAAGAAAUAGCUUUGAUUGAUAGAUAACGAAUAAAGGACCGUGGUGGAUACAUAGUGUCCACAAGUUGUGUGUACAUCUUCUCUGGUUCAACUAUCUUCAUCAUCUGCUCGAUAUAUAUGUUGUGUCGCGUAUAUCUUUCCAAAUGUAUUAUUAGAUGUAUAUAUCCACACACACACACACACACAACAGUGUCAAGUACGUCUGUACAAUUCUAAGAAUUGCAGGUCUUCAUCAUCUUUAUCUCUUACGAUUUGAUUUUUGUUUCUAAAUCGGUGAUUAUACGAUAGAAAAAAGAGAUAAUGUUUUUAAUUCGUAAUAUUGUGCGGGCGUGAGCAAGCGGCGUAAAAGUGUAAAAUAUAGAUGUACGUAAAAAGAAUCACGACUCAAGCUACGGCGCACAUCGAGAGAUACGUCGCUUAAAACAAAAAAAAAAAAAACAAAAAAAACCUCAUGUUUUGAUGCAUCUCGACCU